AUGGACUCCGCCGCCGCCGCCUCAGGCUGGCCGCCCGACGACCAGCUAAUCGAAUCCCCGGCCGACAUCCUCGAACGGCUGCGCCAGAUCGCAGGAUACACUUGGGACGAUACCCGGCAACCCUUCCACUCGACCUAUGACAACUGGCAAGUCUAUGGCACGCGCCGAGCGUCCUCUUCAGACCAUCGUUCCUAUGUUUCCUCGUCAGAGGCCGAGUCCGUCUCGGACCGCUCGACUAGCUCCGAUGCCCCCGUCAUCGAGCAGCACGUGGUCGCAAGGGUGUCGUACCACGUUCUCCGCGAAGAGAGGGCCUUUUACAUCUCCAAGAGCCUAGUCUCCAGCGUCGACCCGAAAGGGGAGCGCAUGGUGAAGCCACUGGAUGUGAUGCGGUUGCCGUCGGCCCCCGGCGACCGAGGUCCCAUCAUUGUUGCCAUCUACGAGGAUCCUGGCCCGAAUUCUCUGGUAAAACUCCUGGAUUUUGGACCCGCCUUUUACUUUGCCAAAAGAGACAGCGACCGGUGGGAACCGCGGCGGAAGGUCACCCCCAGGCUAGCGCCUCCCAUAAGCCUGCAAAACUUUCUAGAUUUCGCCAUUGGUGCAGCCCAGUGUUUAGAGAUCGUUCAUCACGGGCAGGGAAUCGUCCACGGCGAGAUCCGCGGGGACGCCUUUCAUUACAAUAUCGAAACCAACAAGGUCAAGCUAGUGUCGUUCGGGUCGGGGCUCCGAUCCUUCGAGCACGGCCUGACGAGCACGGGAUGGUCCGCCUUUUCUAAGGCGGUCGGCGUCAAGCACAAACUACAGUACAUCAGCCCCGAGCAAACGGGGCGAAUGCCGGCCGAGCCGGACACCCGGACCGACAUCUACUCGCUCGGUAUCUUGCUGUGCUCAGCCAGGAGGAUACCGAUCGUCACUGCGAUACGCAUGGACGUCCCCGAGGUUGUCGGCCGCAUCAUUCAAAAGUGUACCGCCAAGAACGUCGCCGACAGGUAUCAUUCGGCCGGCGGUCUCCGCUACGACCUUGUGGCCGUGCAAAAGAUGCUCAGCGAUGGUGAUUCCGAGGCGCUACGCGACUGGCCGAUAGGUUCCAGGGACGUCUCAUCCUCAUUCAGGCUGCCGACGGGCAUGCUGGGCCGAGAGCAGGAACGGGCCGAGUUUGUGAAACUCAUCGAGAGGGUCGCUAAAAACCACUUCUUGACCCAAAACGGCAGCACAGCCCGAAAUUCCGACGCAUCGAGCCUUGGUACCGAUCUCAACGACGCCGCCGACGGCUCUAGCGAAGGCGGAAGCUCGGCCGGUGGGACAAACCGCCACAGCACGUCCAUCCCGCAGGCGGACAACAAGUCGAAAUCGGGAUCGCAACAGUCUCCGCCGAUAGUUUCCGACUCGGCGGAUACAUCCCUGUCGACCAUGUCCUCGGGCGUCUCGACUCUAUCGGGCGGCCAUCGGGCCCCCCGCGCAUGGGACAGACAUUCCUUUCUCGACAGCAAUCAUGCAGCUGAUGGCCCUAAUUCGGAACCUUCGCGCCAUGGCGCCACUGUGGUGACGGAUUCUUCGUCUGCCAGUUUGGCUCGUCAACUCGGCUCGGCCAAGUUUAGGAGACAAGGCCAUUGCGAGAUCGUCCUGGUAGAAGGAGCCGGUGGGCUCGGCAAGAGCUGCCUGUCCCUGAGGCAUUACGUCCAGCCGGUUUGGCCAAUGCUGCACAAAACCCUAGACCUCCCGGAAUUCCUCCUCCCGCCCCCGCCAGCCGAGUCACCGGUCGCACGUUCCUCCAAUAACCAACCUUCUAGACCCAACUUCAAGAGGCGAAGUUCCUCCCCAGAUACAUCCUCCGUGUCCACUCCUUCCACCUUACGAGCGUCGUCCGGCUCGGCCGCGCCGAGUUCGCGGGAUUUCCUCCGUGCCGGCGCCUCUACAAAGACCAACCGGCUCAUGAACACCUUCCUCGAGGUGCUGAGGGUGUUUACCCAACACAAGUUCAUCUGCUUCUGCCUGGAUGAUUUACAAUACGCAGACGAUGAGUCCCUGGAGCUCAUCAGCCAGAUUAUCAGCGUCAGGUUAAAACUGAUGCUCGUUAUAACAUACCGCCCGGAGGACAUCGCUCCCGAGACGGUGCGCAAGUUAUUGACUCCGCCCAAGUCCGACGACUUCCCCAAGGGCGGCGGUCCGAGAACUACCAAGAUCACGCUCGCGCCGCUUGGCGAGGAGGACAUAGUCCGCUAUGUUUCUGCAACACUCUCACUGCCCAAGGAAAGAGUCCUCCCUCUGGCCUUGGUCAUCCAAUCCAAGACGGCCGGAAACCCUUUCUACAUGCGAGAAAUGCUCAGCGCGGGCUACCGGAAAAAAUGCAUCUGGUACGAUUACAUCGCCGGCCAUUGGAAAUAUGACCUGGAUAAGCUAUUCGAUCAAUUCCAAGGGGAGCAAGACUAUGACGUUCUUGACACCGCCUUUAUCACCCGCCGCCUAAGCGAGCUGCCAGCGGCUUCCAGGACCAUUCUUGCAUGGGCCGCCUUGCUUGGUCAGACAUUUUCCUUUGAUCUGAUCUGCAAGCUUAUGAGCGGGCAGCGGUACGUGGAUGACCACGCAGAGGACGUGGGCGAGCCGCUGGUUGCCGCUUCUUGCGAGGUGGACGUUGUCGCGGGUCUCGAGGCCGCCAUCCAAGCUUUCAUCAUCAUUCCUUGCGACCGGGACGACCAUUUCCGCUUCGCGCACGACCGUUAUAUCCAAGCCGCCGCGGCUCUCAAAGAGUGCAACGCCCGGUGGAUGCACUUCGCCAUCGCUCGGGUACUUCUCAAGCACUACUCGAUUAACGCGAGCCUGAAGGAUAACGCCGCCUCUCACAUCUGCGAGUCAGUUGACAUGAUCAAAAAAAGGAUCCCGCAUCGGCGAGCCUUCCGGAACCUACUCUUUGAGCGCGCGCAUGAGGCGACCGAGAGCGGCGCACGUCCCACGGCCGCCAAAUACUUCAGCAACGCUGUCGCCCUACUACAGUCGAAUCCCUGGGAUGAGAGCGCCGAGGACGUGUCGUACGACGAGACCCUCCAGAUCUACUUGCAAGCCGCCGAGUGCUAUUUAUUUAUGGGCCAUCAGAGUGCCGCUGGCGUGCUCCUGCGGACAAUUUUCGACCACGCCAGGACGGACCUCGACAAGGCCCCCGCAUGGGUGCUACAAUCGAGGAUACUCUCCCAGAGUGGCGAUUCAAACCAAGCCCUGUUCUCCCUAAAGCAGUGCUUGGCCGCCCUCGAUGUGGUCGUCGAUGACUGCCCAACCAUGGAGAAGUGCGAUGAGCAUUUCGAGCGUCUGGCCGAGAAGAUUCGGACAACGGAUCGCCAACUGGUACUGAACCCGCCCACCACCCUGGACCCGAUGCUGUCCUCCGUUGGCGCGGUGCUGGCGGAGACGACGAGCACCGGAUGGUGGACUGACUGCACUGUCUUCUACCAACUGGCUUUGCUGAUGACGGAGACGCACUUCGACCGAGGGUUCUACCCUCAGUCCGGCAUGGGCUUCCUAUACAUGUCCAUCAUUGCCUUGUCUCGGUUUAACGACGCCAAGCUCGCGGCCCAGCUGGCGAGCAUAUGCCUCGAGCUCCUGGACAAAUCUCGCGACCCGUUCUCUAUAUCGCGGGGCUACAUGAUCUAUGCCAACUUUGUCGGUCAUGUCCAAGACCCCAUCGACGUAUCCGUCGGGCAAAUGGAAGGGAUGGUAGACUACACCCUAGCCGCCGGGGAUAGGACAACAACCAUUCUCAGCUUUGCGCUCUCUGCUCAGCUGAAGUUCUAUGCUAGCGACAACUGCGCCGAUUUGGAAGCGUUCUGCCAAUAUGGCUGCGAAGAGAUUCCCAAUUGGCAUCUCGAUACGCGCGGCGGUACGCUCCUCAUUGCCGUCAGACAAGUCUGCCGUGCGCUACAAGGCAAGACGCGGUCCGCGAACCCCCUCGAGGUCAUGAGCGACGAACACCAUGACACCCUCACUUACAAGAACUGGCUCGCGGCCAACACCGACAAUGGCGGUCGGUCGUUGCUGAUCUACGAAACCAUGGAGAUUGUUCCCCUUUUCCUCUACGGCCACUACGACCAGGCGAUUGAACUCGGUAAGGCCUGCCAGGAAAAGGCGCAUCUUUUGUGGUCGGCUCGAAAUACCAGGGUGACGAUGCUUUUCUAUGGCUUGGCUUUGGCCGGCGCCGUGCUCCGCCGGCUAGGAGACCCCCUCUCCCCGGGGGCAGAGGGCCUCAAGGAUCACGUUAAUGAAGAAGUCCGGAAGGUGGAGGAGCUCAGCAAGCGGAUCAAGGAUUGGCAGGUUGUCGACAACGUCAACUAUCUCGCUUGGUCGAAGCUGCUAGACGCAUCAGUUUCCGAGAUGCUCGGCAACCACGGCAUCGCCAUCCGACAGUACGAAGAGGCGCUGGAUCAUGCCUCGGAGCACAACUUCACUUUCGAGGAAGCACUCGGGAAUUACUUGAUGGCCAAUAUCUUCAUCAGAAACACCGCGCGGCGCUCCGCCCGCUCCGCGCUACGUGAUGCCGUCUCCUUGUUCCGCCAGCUCGGAGCCACGGGCGUCGCAGACCGCAUUGAGAGCGACCACAGCAUUCUCCUCCAACGGGCCAUGCGGAACCCACGCACUCUCGACCAAGGGGUGCAGACCGACUUUUCGGGCGACGCUGCAACUGCCCAGUAUCGGAAUGUCGAUGAAAACGGCACCGACGAUGCCCAGCAGUCUACCGUGGCCGCCCUGAAAGGCGAGCGCAUGACAGCCUGGCGGGGUUCAAUGCAGCCCGAGGCCGGCGCCGGGUUGCCUGCCCUCGAUAUGAUCGACCUGCACGCAAUCCUGACGUCUUCCCAGGUUAUCUCCUCGGUGCUCAGGGUCGACUUGCUCCUCAAGACCAUGUGCGAUGUGAUUCUUCAAACAUGCAGUGGGUCUGCCACGCACGCUGCCAUCGUAGUGCAGGACGAAGGGAGCACCGACUGGUGUGUCGUCGCCAGCGGCGACCCCGAGAAGGGCGCUGAACCGCACAUGCCGGGCAUCCAACUCAGCGUGACCGAUCUCGUCGCCGAGAACGUCGUGCUCUACUGCACCCGUUUCCGCGAGGCCGUCUUUCUCCAGGAUCUCCUCAACGACGAGCGGUUCGGCAACGUCGGCGAACUCUGGCUGCAGCGGAACCCGGGAAGCAAGGCUGUCAUCGCCAUUCCCAUUUGCCACGGGUCGAAGCCACUGUUCGGCGUCCUCUAUCUCGAAGGCACCGCCGGGUCGUUUACGGACCGCAACGUUAGCGUCCUGCAGCUUCUCAGCAACCAGAUUGGCAUCAGCUAUUCCAAUGCGCUCGCCAUGAAAGCGGUCGAGAAGGUUUCGGCAGAGAACAUCUCCAUGGUUGAAAUUCAGAAACGGGCUUUGGCGGCGGCGAUCGAGGCCGAAGCCAAGGCGAAGAAGGCCGAGGCCGAGGCUAUCCGCAACGUCAAGCUUGCUGAAGAUGCGACGAAGGCAAAGUCCAUCUUCUUGGCCAAUGUGUCUCACGAGUUGCGCACACCGCUGAACGGUGUGAUCGGCAAUUCCGAGCUGCUGAGAGACAGUAACCUCAACAAAGAGCAGUUGGAGAUGGCCGACUCCAUUAGAGUCUCGGCCGACCUACUGUUAACGGUCAUCAACGACAUUCUCGACUUUUCGAGAAUGGAAGCCGACAAGAUGAAACUAUACAUCAUCGCAUUCAACCCUGAGGAGAUGGUGCGCGAGGUCGUCCGGGCGGUUUCGUACAGCAACAGGGAAAAGACGUCAAAGAAGAACGUCAAGAUCAUCCAAGAUAUUAACCUGCCGCCCAUGCUCAUCUAUGGUGACCCAAUCCGUCUUCAUCAGGUUCUAGGUAAUCUUAUUGGGAACAGCCUCAAGUUCACUGAAGAUGGAUCCAUCACUAUCGGCGCCCGCAUCGACAAGGAGACGAAAGAGAACGCGACGCUGACAUUCUGGGUCAAAGACACGGGCAUUGGGAUCUCAGCACAGCAGCUCGAGAACCUCUUUCAGCCAUUCAGCCAAGCGGACGCGAGCACGGCGCGCAAGUACGGCGGUAGCGGCCUCGGCCUAAGCAUCUGCAAAUCGCUCAUCGAGACGAUGAUGCAAGGCACGAUCCGUCUCGAAAGCCAAGAACACCUCGGCACCACCGCCUGGUUCACUGUUACCUUUGACAAGGCCCGGCCGGAGGUCGUAGCUGGCGACGAACAACUUGCGCCGCCCGACACCCUCCCGGAACCCGUCAAGCCUUAUCCCGCCAGACAACCAAGCGCCAUCUUGGUCAAGGAUCUCGCCUCCCCCAUCAACGCCGCCGCCGCUACCGUCGCAACCCCCGUGACCCCCCCGACCCCCGCGACCCCCGACCUUUCCAAGAUCCCAAAGUCCGAGCUCCGCAUCUGCAUUGCCGAGGACAACGUCAUCAACGCCCGCAUCGCGCUGCAGUACAUGCAGCGCCUCGGGUACCCCAACGUGGACACGUACGACAACGGGCUCAAGGCGGUCGAGGGUCUGCGCGACAAGGCACGCAAGGGCACACCGUACCACAUCAUUCUGAUGGACGUGCAGAUGCCCGUUCUUGACGGCUACGAGGCCACCAAGCUGCUGCGCGACGACGAGCUCGAGUCGGUGCGCCGCAUCCUCGUCAUCGCCAUGACCGCGUCCGCCAUCCAGGGUGACCGCGAGAAGUGCCUCGCCGCCGGCAUGGACGACUACCUGGCCAAGCCCGUACGCUCCGAGGUACUCAAGAGAAAGCUGGAUGCAUAUUUGCUUGGAGAUGCUGCCACCCCGAAUGGGACCACUGAGACUCCGGCUACGGUUACCCCUACGGCUACUCCGACCAAGGCGCAGGCACAGCAAGCACAAGCACAGAGCCUGGUUUCAGGGGAGACUCAGGCUUCUUCUACUACUUCACCUGAGUGCCCGGAACAGGGCAAGGCCCAAAACCCGGCGGUGACUCCGACCCAGACACAAGUAAAAGGGUGA